AUGAAACUCUUUAUCACAUUUAUAAAACCCGUACAGGAGAGCAACAACUCGAACACAAAGACGCGCGAUUCGUUUGGAACAGCGGGAGGAGGAAAAGGAGGAGCAGCAUUAGAUGAGACUAUGCUCAACCAAAGCUUAUUGAACGAUUCAUCAAUCGUGAACGAUGACGUUGAUUUCCAGUUGAGUGGUUUAGAACCGUUGCAAGAGGAAGAAGAGGAUGGAGACGUGGAUGACGACGUCACGAGGAAUCAGACAACGACUGGAUUUAGCUAUCAACCCACCGAAGGUUUGACGACGUCGGUUAUUCCGAGCAUGGCCAAUUUGGUCGAAGAAGACGAAAAAGAGGACGACGAUGACGAAGAAGAAGGAAGGGAUAAGAAUGUUGGUGCGGGAGGAAGAGGUGAUGAAGGCGCGACGACAGCCUUGAUUACGGAGGCGGUGCCAUCAAUGUCGAGAUUAUUGGACGAAGAUGAAGAACACGAUAAAGAGAAUAUUAGCGCCACUGAAAAUCGGAGCGUGGAUGCGAAUGUCUCCGCAGAGCAAGUAGUGCAACAAGAAGAUGAAAUUACUCUCGGAAGUGUUUUGAACGUCACGGUGAACAACAACCAAUCGAUAGCAUCGCAGUAUACCUCGGGAGGAACCGAAAAAUUGAACGUCACGAACUCUGUCGAUGAUUCGAUGAUGCAAAACAACAACAACAAUAACAAGCAGCAACCGAUUACGCCGAGUUUUACGUUUGGAUUUGAUAGCUCUCUUGAUCCGGAUCUCGUCGAUAAAGAUGGAAGUUCUCGAGAACAUGCUACAAUCACGCCGGCAACGGCGACGACGACGGCGACGAGGAUGAACACAACGACGAGAUUGAAUAAUACCACCACCAACAACACUACGACGAUAAAUACUGGAACAAUGAAUGUGACUAUGGGAUACGACGAUGAAGACUUCGACGAGAUUGACUUGAGAGCAAAAGCGAACAAGGAGAUGGGAACAGAGACAUACGAAUUUUUGUAUGGAGCAGGCGCCAACGCGACUCGAAGAUUGACCGGAACGCAGCCGUUGAAUUCGACUAACACGUUAUCAUCUUCUGCUCAAGAAACACCUUCGAUGACCCUUGGGGGUAACGUGGCCAAUGCGAAUACUACGCAACUUCAAACGCCAUUCGACGCUCCGAGUUCAAACGCAAAGAGCGAACACGAUGGUUUCACUCCGGGUGAAUCUACUCUUCGUAUGGCAGAAGCGCUUCGUAAGCAACAGCACGGUCAGGAGGCUUUGCAAACGAUGCGAAUGAAUUAUCAAGUUGAUGGAAAUGACACGAAUAUGCAUUCGGUCACGGUUACGAAAGACGAUAUCUUUCGUCGUCAAAGUCAAAUGUACAACACGCCGGGUGCGAGAUACAACAGAAAUAGACGCUCAUCUGCUUUGAUGUUACUGGAUAGAUCCGAGCUCCACGGUCACUACACGCCAACGUUCGAUAAUGACAAGGCGCGAAACUUUGGAACGCCGGCGAGAAAAGGUGCGUUGAAAGGAUUACCCGUCGAAUUACCGCCGAUUCCGGAUGCGUUAUUAGCGAAAGACGCGAAACCGUUGGAACUCUCCGAUUUGUAUCACGCGUGUCAAGUUUCGUUCGUUCCGGCGGAGAACAUGCGACGAAGUUCAAUCGCGUUUGGUCAGUUAGCGACGCUUCCGCCUCCAGAAACGUGUGAAGACGGGUUGAAGAUUGUCUGUCUCGUGAAUCCUUUGAUUGAAGCGUUGGAAUCGUUUCACGAGGAUCUUGGUGAAAAAAUGCACUCGUUAUCCGCAGAGGUUGAGAAAUUACGCUCGGAAGUCGAAAUUGCGCAACCGAUGUUCCUUCGUUUAGCUUCUUCGGACGAUCCCCAGCACAAGCGAGAAGUUUCAAGAGCUGGUCAAGCGCUGAAGAAAAAAUGCAAAAUGGGAGCGAACGAACGCUUUGAUCGUCGAAAGCUCAACGCGGAAACAACGGUCAAUGAAGCCUUGCGUGCGCACGAAAAAAUUGCCCAAAACUCCAAGGAAUCCGUGCGUCAGUCGCGCGAACGUCUCGUCGAGUUGAGGCACAUCGCCGAACGUAAACUCGAACUUUUGCGUAAAAAGCGUUCCGAGCAAAUGCUCGCUAUCGAAAAUGCGAAGAAACCGGAUGCUACUCGCACGGACGUUAUGAAUGCAGUUUUAGAUUCUCGAGCAGCUUUACAGGCCGCGAAUAACUUAGACAUCAAGCUCGAAACGACUGUUGCCGAGAAACAGGCGAAGCAAGUUGCGCUCCCGAACGAAGUCGAGUCGUUGAAAGAGCGCGUCGAGGAGAUGCGAAUUGCCGUACAGAACGAUCCAACUUUAGAAAACAAUCAGGAAUUGACGAUGAAUCUCACUAGAAUGAUUACGGCAUCUUCAAUGAAGGCUCUUGGAAAUGGUAAUAGUAGAUUUUCCAUAGCUGCCAAUAACGCACAGACUCCAGGAAAAAUGAGACUCGCGAGCCGUGUUCGUCUUUCUCAGAAAGCAAAGAAAGCUGAAAGUUUGGCGGAUGACUAUUCUAUCAUCGCAUCUUUAGCUCCGUUUUCCUUGGAACGCGUCGAUGGCGCCGAAUCGGCGGAAUUGACUUUGAGAGUUGGCGAGUUGUUUUUGGUCACUUUAGAUGCGCGAACCGGCGCCGGGAGGUGCACUCUGGUUCAAUCGUCCAGCGAUAACAACAUCAACAGCGAUUCGCCGUUAGGCAUUGAGAAUGUGAAGAAAUUUGCCGCUGCCGUAGCUGGUGCACCGUUUGCGUGGAACAUCGGGGAUCAAAGCUCAUCCAAGAUUAUCAUUCCUGGUGCCGGAUGCUCCGGCGUUUUACAAAACGUAUGCCCGAGACUGAGAGCCGCCGAGGCGAUUGUAAAAGAGUGCGAAAAGUGCAGAGACGCGUUUACAAGCAUUUCAAACAUAGUGUUGGAAGAAGACGGGAAGAUCUCGUUGACGUUUAGCGACGUCCGAAGAGGACGCAUCUUAGAUGUCAGUCUGGAUAUGAGAUUAACUGUUGAAGACGCCGACGCUUCGAACGACUCCAUCGGUUCGCGAGACGAUGUGAAAUGCGCUUUUGGAUUUGGUACGAGCAAAGAAAAUACGGAGAGAAGUUUGAGACGAGCGUUGCGAAGAUCGAACGCUUCUGUUUUCGGCGCCAAGAAGCUGUUUUCUACGUGCAAACUCGUGGAUGCAGUCGUCAGAGGCGGGGUGGAUGCGACGAACGCCGCCUUUGCCGUUCCGGAUUUACCGGCGAGCAAAAAGAUGAGUUCGGGUAACUCUGCGCCUCUCAACACCGCCAUGGUGCGCUAA